AUGCACUCGAACGAAACAGAAUGCUCGGACGUUGUCUUCGAACAUCGUGAUCGUCUGCAUAACGUAGAGUUUGAGAAUAUCACAUUAUCGGAGGAAGAAAUACUAGGUGUGAUGAUGAACUUAGACCAUAAUAAAGUACACGGUCCAGAUAAUAAGAUUGCACCAUCUUCUCUUUGCAACAAGUCUUUGCGUAUUGACGUUGUGCCUGACGAUUGGAAACUUGCGAACGUGGUCCCAGUCUACAAACGCAGGGAAAAAGCUGAG